AUGUCGGCGACGAACCAAGUGACGCGCACCACGAUCCAGCUGUACCGCGAUUGCAUGCGUCUGGCCAAGCACAUCGGCGGCAACAGUAAGAAGGGCCAGGCCAUCAAGGAGCUCGUGCGGCGGGAGUUCGAGAAGGGCCGCAGCGAGACGGACCCGGAGAAGAUCGAGGCGCUCAAGGCCAAUGCCGUCCGUGGACUGAGCAACUACCUGAUGCUGGCCAACUCGAGCAAGGACCAGCGGCUGCACAACGCGAUGAACAAGAAGUCCCCGCCCAAGGAGGACGGCCCCGAGCAGGCGGAGUACCGGGACCUGUAA